UCCCUCGAGAUCCAGCUAAACCCUAGCUAAUCUAGCAUCUCCGGUAUGGCGUCGGAGGGCGGAACCAAUGCGGCGGCGGCGGCGACGGAGGAGGAGAAUCAGCGUCGGAAGGGGAAGCCUUGGGACGAGGAUGGCCCCGGCAGCACCGACCGCUUGAAGGCGGAGAAGCUCGAGCCCUCCCCGAACGAGGGCCCCCUGCUCGAAACCACCUCCUUCUCCACCACCUUCGCCAAAGACAGAGAGGAGUCUCUGCUGGAGGCGUGGCCGGUCGUCAAGGGCGCGCUCAAGGAGCAAGGGGUCUCCUGCAAGCUCAGUUUGAGUGAGGGAUCCAUGACGGUUUCGACCACCAGGAAGACCAGGGACCCCUACAUUGUUGUCAAGGCCAGGGACCUGACCAGACUCCUGUCGCGGAGUGUCCCUGUACAUCAGGCGAUUAAAAUACUCAAUGAUGAUAUGACCUGCGAUAUUAUUAAGAUUGGUGACCUCGUACGGAAUAGGAAAAGGUUUUCUGAACGGAGAGAGCGUCUGUUAGGACCUAAUAUGUCUACCCUUAAGGCCAUAGAGAAUUUGACUGGCUGCUACAUCUUAGUUCAGGGAAAUACUGUUGCUGCCAUGGGUUCCCUCGACGGAAGGGGACUAAAACAAGUCAGAAAGAUUGCAGAGGAUUGCAUGAAUAACAUAAAGGGUCCACUGGAUCACAUUCAGGAACUCAAAAAAGAACGUGAGCCGGCUAAAACACCUGCCCUGACUAAUGAAAGCUGGGGCAGGAUUCUACCAGAGUAUGAGAAGGAGAAUAUCAAACUGAAGAAGCCGUACACACCCUUUCCAUCUCCACAGCAGCCUAGCAAGACUGGUAUUGAACUUGAGAAUGGCAAGCAUUCUCUAAGUGAUAAAAAGAAGUCGACAAAGAAACUUCAAGAGAAGCCGGACAAGCAAUCGAAGAAAGUGGAUGGAAACAAAAGAACGAGAGAAGCUGCAUUUAUUCCCCCAAAGGGGAGCACUGCAGGUUCAUCUGAGUCUGCCAUGGCCACCAGUGGCGAUAACGAGGUUGCUGAUAUGGUGGCCAUGCCCUCAAAGGCAGGGGCAUGGGCCCCAUUCGUCAGUGGCUCGGGCCAGUUGAGGCACGGGCUAACGGGCGAGGCAGACCCGGGCGCGUGCGGCGAGGCCGGCCGGAGCGGCGCCCGGCAGCAGCAGUGGCGGGAGAGGGACUCCGUCAGGCGCGGGGAUAGCGGGGAGCGGUGGCGGACGCCGGCGAAGGCAGCCGCGCGGGGAUGGGGAGCAGGGGAGAGCGGCACUGGCGAGCGGCUGUGA